AUGGUUUCUUUCACUCAGCUCAUCUCGGCCGCUCUUUUGGCUACUUCGGCCCUGGCUGUCCCCCACAAGAUGUCCCACUCGCACUUCCACCACCAGCGUUCCUCGUCCUCCUCCGGAGGCAAGCGUGGUGCUGCCUACAACGACGCCUCUCUCGUCCACGUCCUGUCAGGAAGCAACAGCACUGUCGGAUGGGCCUACGACUGGAACAUGGCCAAGAACGGCGGCCUCCCCAGCGACAUCGAGUACGUCCCCAUGCUGUGGGGAGCCAAGAUGUUUGGCGGAUGGGCCGUGGCCAUCGAGACCGCCCUCUCCAGCGGCAGCAAGUACAUUCUGGGCUUCAACGAGCCCGACAUGUCGUCGCAGGCCUCGAUGACCGCCGAUGAAGCCGCUUCCGCAUACAAGAACCACAUCACCCCCUACUCCGGCAAGGCCAAGCUGGUGUCCCCGUCCGUGACCAACAGCGGCAGCGACAACAUGGGACUGAGCUGGAUGAAGAGCUUCCUCAACCAGUGCUCGGACUGCAAGCUCAGCGGACUCGCCGUGCACUGGUACGGCGAGUCCGCCGACGACUUCAAGUCGUUCGUCAACGAUGCCAUUUCCCUCGCGAAGAACAACAACAUGGACGAAGUCUGGGUGACUGAAUUCGCGCUCAACAGCGACCUCAACGGCGGGUCGACCUCCAAGUCCGCCAAGUUCCUCGCUGAAGUCGUGCCCUGGUUGGAAUCGCAGGAUACCGUGACCCGAUAUGCCUACUACAUGUGCAAGGACGGAUACUUGUUGAGUGGAAACGGUCUUAGCGAGAGUGGCCAGGCCUACCUCUCCUAA